AUGUUUGCAUCUAAGGAUAUGUCCCUUUCGAUGAUAACGAAUCUGGGUGCUUCUGUACAGAAUGCAGCGCCUAGCACCCCUUCGACCAAAACUGUGUUCUUUUCCAGCGGUUCAUCCCCUGCACCAUAUCCUACUCCUAGAAGUGGGAAACGUUGGACAGAACGACUGAACUUGAAGAAACGUCGAGGAAACAAUAGUAACGGCGGCAUUCCAUACUUGAGUCCAGAAUAUUCCUCGCCUGCUUUGACGGUUACAGCCUCACCUGGGCCAGAUUUUCCUCAACGUUCAACAUCUAUACCAACACCUCCAAGAUUUCAACUUGAGGAACAGUAUCGAUCUUCUAGUUCUGGGGGAAAGGGGUUUUCUCCAGUGUUAGGACCUCAAAGAAGUACGGAUUUUAUGUCCUCAUCCAAGAAAUCGAUUGUGAAGGCUAAGUGUUGCGUUUGUGAUGAGUCCGUCUCCACUAGGUCAUAUGCGGAACGUAUUAUAACUCUUGAGUGCGACCAUUCAUGUCAUGAAAACUGCCUUUUAGUUUCGCUAGAUGAUACUGUGGAUUUGUCUUCCUCUGGAAUGUACGGUAAUGAUAAUAUCUAUUCAGUUUUCCCAAGCUGUAUGGCUUGCAGCAGCAAAUCCAUUGAAAGUAAAUGUAUACCGAAAGAUGAGUCGCUGCGUGAUGCUUUAAUUUCGAAUUACCUGCUUAGUCGCAGUAAAACCUUCCCUACAGAAGCCUCUGCGAAACUUCCACUGGUCAAUAAAGAACAGCAGCAUCAAUAUAAGCCGCUUGGUAGUCCUUUUAUGGCUCAAGGUAUAUCUGAUAGAAAGCCAAAGGGAAACCAUCGUAUUUCCAGUCUUGUGUCUGCUGAGACUUCAUCGUUGAUAUCAACUAUGAGACUAAAUGAGACAGGGGAGCAAUCGCAGAUAGCUUUGGCUUUAAAAAGGACGUAUUUUGUUCAGUCUUUAACAGUUAACUUUCCUGAAUGGAAAGUUGAUUCUGAAUUUGGCCUGUUGAGACUUGUUGAUAAAAUGGAAAUAUCGAGAACCUCUGAUACUGGUGAUUAUGAGGAAGUAAUAUGUUACCUUUUUGAAGAUAAGCUCGUAGUAGGCUCAAUUGAAGAAUUGCCGCCAAAUACUAUCAUAGGUUUGAAGUUUAAGACUGUUAGUACCUAUCUAUUAUCUCAAUUUAAGAUUGACACUCCAAACUCGUCAAUCCUGAAGCUGUCAAUUAAAGGUGGGGUUUUAUUCUUGAGGGAAUGCUCGGUGUCUAACUCAACCCAAGUUCUGGAAAAAUGGAUCACAGCGUUCUUAAAUCCGGAUCUUACGUUUUAUUCAUCCUCUUUUACCUCCACUCUGCCCUAUUCUGCGGAAUUAUUGGCCGAUUGUGGCCCUCGUUACAACAAUAUAAAAACUUUGACAGGUGGACUGCAUGACAGUGUCAUUGUACGGCGAAGUAUGUAUUAUGGCAAUAGUGAGAAGCAUGCCACUAUUGGAACCAUGAAGACAAACAUAAGCUCGAUUUUGUCUUUAAAAAGAAGACAACCGGACCAAUUGUGCAUUAUAUUCCAAAUUGACCAAACUAAGUUACGUGAUACAGACUUAAAGACCAUGCUUAAUACAAUUAAUGCUGUGUUAUGGAAGUUUGAAUCAGCCAAAGUGUGUCUAGUGGACAGAAAUGGACUUCUGGUAACCGCCACUUCAUUGAAGGAAUAUGCUCAAACCGUCUUGACGAACUUAAACUCUAUAUUGGACAAUAAUUCAUCCAAUAAAGUAUUCAACCCUAACGAUUUGUACCAUCAGUUGUACGGAAAUAAAAAAAUGGACAAUAUAGCAGUCGCAAUAUUAUCGAAUUCUUCAAUGGAAUCCUGUAAGUCUGCCCUAUUAAUGGAUUACUCGGCAUUUUGCAAUAAUGGGAAAAGAAAUCCUAAUGAGUUGAAGGUUAAAGUCGGUUAUCUAAAUACCGACUACUCUGAUAAAGUUUAUGAACUCGUUGAAACUGGUGGUUGGGCUGAUGUACUGGAAGUCUUGUGUUACUCAUUCAAUAUAACAUUUGAGCAAGAAUAUUCUGAUGGAGAUGAUUAUGAAGACGAUGAUGAUUACCUCACAGAAAAAGAAUACGAAGAUCACAACAUAACACCGACAACUGAGACCGAUGUUUCACCUUUGGAACAGCAGCUUAUUGAUAAUUCAGGUAUUCCUAGUCUCAGCAUAGCACAUCGGGAAUCUCAAGGGCUAAUUACUACCACUUCAGAACAUUCUCAUUGGAGUCUUAAGUCCCGCCCAUCAUCUAUUCCUCUACCACAUGAACCUAUUGAUAAUGCUGCUGCGAAUCGGGGUUGGUCAAUUCUAUUCAAUGACUUGGAUAAUGCGCUGAAUGAGGUCAUGACAACUGUUGCGACACCAACUAGUUCGAAAAGUAAUCCAGUAACGAACUACGAAUACUUAUAG